AUGAAGGACCGCCGUGGCUUCCCCUUCUCCAUCGGCUGCAUGUCGCAGUGCGCCGUCGCCGUCGCCGACCCGCUCGACAAGAAGGCCUCGGUGCCGGCGCUGCAGCAGCAGCAGGCCGGCAACCCCUCCUCCUCCUCCACCACCACACAAGACUCAGACAGAGUCCUCCAAGAGGAAGGAAACAGCGGCGAGGAGAAGGCGAAAGAGAGGAUCGUCUCGGCGGGGGUGCAGCGGCUGCUCAAGGGGAUCAAGACCUUCUUCGCGGCGUACGACAGCCAGGAGGAGGACAAGGACGAGGAGAGGGAGAUCGUGAUUGGGUACCCCACCGACGUGCAGCACGUCGGGCACAUCGGCUGGGACGGGCUCAGCAAGGUGGGCGGCAUGGUCGGCGCCUUCUCCCUGCCAUCCUCCCUUCCUCUCCGCCAGCUUGAGACCGCCAUGGACCCCGGCGCCGUAACCACCAUCUGCACCGACUGA